UUUCAUCAUACUUUUGUUGGACUCACAAGUCUCAAGCAUUUUUCUUGCUCUCUCAUAUUGGCUUUAUAAUAUUUUAAUUUUUUCAAAGAAUUUAGGAUAAAGUUAAAAUCUUUGUGGUUUCUAAAGAUGGAAAGGGAUUUCAUGGGAUUGAAUUCUAAAGAUUCAGCUGUUAUGGUCAAACAAGAAGCGGUUGAAGUGUGCAAAGAACCAGUGUUUUUAAAGAGCUCUGCAAUUCACUGGCCUUUAUCCAAUGGUUUUGAAGCCUCAAAAAAUCGCCAAGCUGCUGAAAUUCAGAAGACCAUUGGUGUUGGCAGACAAGGUGGUACUCAUUAUUCAAUGGCAAAUUAUCCUGUCCAACAGAGCCCGUAUUCCAUGCAACUUAUUAAUGAUGCUAAGCAAGCGAUUCCUAUUACCAUGAGCAAUCCUUUCUUCAGGACUCAAUUUGGUGGUGCACCUAUUAAGCAACAUGGAGUUUCCAUUCCAUCUAUUGGUUCCUUUCUUGCUGGAACCACUGAACCAUGGUACAGUACCAAGACUACUAGUGCUCCUGCUCAACUAACCAUCUUUUAUGGGGGAAUGGUGAAUGUCUAUGAUGAUAUCUCUCCCGAAAAGGCUCAAGCUAUCAUGUUCUUGGCUGGAAAUGGGGUGUCCUCAAGCACGCCUCAACCUAGGAUUCAAACUUUGGUGACAGUGAGUCAACCAAUUAAUGCACAACCCUGCUCAGCAAUGUCAAGUCCAAUAUCUGUGUCUUCACACCCUGUUGGUCAACCGAACGGUGGACCUCCUAACAAAGAUGAUGCUGCUAAAGCAGCAGGAGGCUCGGUGACUCCAGUUAGCAAAGUGGAUACUCCAAGAGUUAUAAAUUCACUUGAACAAGUGAUGCACUCAGCUGUUCCCCAAGCACGCAAAGCAUCCUUGGCUCGGUUUCUUGAGAAGCGCAAAGAAAGGGCAAUGGCAUCGGCUCCUUACAACGCCACCAAGGACUUAAUUGCAAGUGCUGGACCUAGCAGUAUGAACGCUGUAGCAGCGGGCGAGCAUUAGUAAAUCUAUACUAGUAUGUUAAAAAGUUGUAUAAGUUAUUAGGGUUUUAUAUUCAAUCAAGACUUAAACGGCUGUUCUUGUAAACCACAUUGAUGUAUACGUAGUGGUUCAGUUCACUGUAAGGAUAAAAACGAUAAGACGAAGACGAGUAUUUUGAAGUAUUGGAUGUUUAAUAUACAUUGCUUGCAGUCGUUUUAAA